GUCUGCUCUGGCAGUGCCCCCGUGCACUGCCUAGGGUCCCGGGUCCCGGCGCUGCUCCCUCUCCUAGGCCCCGCGUCUCCUGCCUCCUAUCUACCCGGCUCAAACCCACACCUUCCACCUCCUUUCUAACCAGGGAUGCGUUCUCUCCAGCUUUUGCUAUUAGACUGCAGAUCUCAUCAGCGUCUCGUCAUCCCUAAUCUGGUUUGGACAAGGAUAACCCUCUGCCCGCACUUAGAUCUCUGUGUCCUCCCGUGGUUUCCCCCCUCUUUCUGAUGUGCCUCCCCUCUCCCUGACACGACUGCCUCCUGCAGUCCUGCCCGGGUCCCGGGCCCCUCCACGUCCGCUCCUGGCAGGAGCGUGGAGGUGGAGACCGCUUUGCAGCAAGCCACUCCCCCGUCCGCUGGAGCGGCAGUUUUGAAGCACUCGUAUUACGCGUGCUGUGGAAGUUGCUAAGGGGUCUCUCUGAUCUGCAUCGAGGACCUUGUUAGCGUGGUGUAGGUUGGGAGUACAGAAUCAUUUGCAUGAACUGCUCCAUGCAAGACAGCCCACCAGUCCCCCAACCCUCAUGCGGAAUAGCUGCCACCCAGGUGCCAUUCCCUGUGGCUCCGAGCCUCUCCCUAACGGGAGGUGUGAGGUGCGGCAGCUCCUCGAGGUCACAGUCUCAAAGGCUCCUUCUGAUCCAUCCUGCCCCACCAGGAGCAGACUUUCCCCGUGGAAUCUGUUACCGUUGAGAAAAGGCACCUAAGUGGUGCCUCUAACAUUGCUUUGGUCUGUGUAUGAUUUGUGGGAGCCCUGGCAGCUUCCAAAGGGGGAUGGAGGUGCAGCGGCUGCUUAAAAGCUGUAGUGGGAAGAGGCACCAAGCUGCUAGGAACCAGGCAGAGCAGGUGGGGUUUGAGCCAAGUGGGAAAGAAGUUGUUAAGCUGCCAGAACAAGGUACAUGGACGUAAGGGCAGGAGCUUUUCAAGAAUCGUAACAGUUACAGGGCUGUUGAUUAGAUGUAGCACCUAUGCAGUGUCACCCUCAGCAGCAAGCGCACUCUCCUUGGCUCUUCAGUCUGCUGUGAAAUGUUGAAAGGAGACGGAGAGAGGAGUAGGAUCUUGGUGUGGAGAGGAAGGGAGCAAGACCAGCUUGCUGUACUGUAGGUGCAGUAACAUUCAGAUUUAUGACCUUUUAGCUGGAACUUGAGAUGUUAUUACAGUAUUCACCUAGGUCUAGUGUUGGCUGUGUUAUUUAGCAAAUGAUACAUGUGAGUGUGCUGAAAUUAUGUGAAUGAGUUGUCUAAAACUUUCUGUCUCUCUUGCUCAGCCCUAGAACCCAGGUAUUAAAAGCUGAAACAAAACUCAGAAAAGCCCAGGAAAGCUGUAAGUGGGAGUGGUGUGAGGCAAAGGACCUCCUGGCCGUAGACUUAAGCUAGCUGUCACCGGGUACGCUUGUUUGUGCCAGUGUUGAUUACUGUGGCCUCUGGUACAUAGACCCCCGUAACUGCACACGGACAAAAAGGAUACUGCAAGCAGUGUCGCUGCUUCUCUAACCGGUUUUGGGGAUACGGUCUGGGGUCAUGUGCGAGUCCGCCACUGAGGGAGGUGCUGAAAUUAGCCGCCUGUCUUGCCCCAGAGCAAAAAUGCCCGUUAUGCCCUGCGCCACCUUCUGAUCUCCCGGACCCGUCGUGAUGCGACUCUGGGAUAAAGCCCCCCCCCCUUCCCCUCCUGGAUCCGCAGGAAGCCGUUGAGCGCCAUGGGGCUCCCAGGGGCCCCCUGCCCAUCGCCACUCAUUACAGCAGAGGGAACUGCUCUCCCGUAGGACACGUAACGGUGGAGCGGGCCUGGAGCUCGUUCCCCGCGCGCCUACGAGGCUCUGCGUUUCCGUAAGCGCCACGGGCAGCCCUGACGUGGCCAGCUCUGACGUGGGCAUGGGUCAAGCCUCCCUCCAGCUGCAGCCUUCUCCUACCUCACUGCUGUCAUUAAGGAUGGCAGCUCAAUUAAUCAGCUGUAGUGGCUCUAAGGGAAAACCAUGACUUGCUGUCCUCCCCCUGGGGUGUGAACACAGGCCUGGCAGGCUGGCCGCAGCCCCAGCAUCCUAACCUCUCGCCUCAGAUCCCGGGAGCAGAUCCAGCAGCAGAGCCCAGCGCAGGAGAGCAGCAAACUUCUGGGCUGGAGCUAUCGUCUUUCUAAUGCUUCUCUCUGCUGUCUUUUCUGGCUUGCUUUUUGACAUUUCUCUGCUUUGAUGCCUGGUUAAUGAUUCCCUUUUCUGCACUGUUUGUUUGCUCAGCUCCUUGCAGCUAUUUUUUUUUCUUUCCUCUGGACAUGUAUAAUAUCAGAUUGAAUUUCUCUGUCCUCAGCCUCUGUUCCUUCCCUGUAUGAGAGUUUUGAAAGAGCUUUUCAGAGGCCAGUGCCAAGGACAGAGAAGCCCUCUCCAACCACAGCUAUGCCCAACUUCUGAAACUCUCAGAUGUGGCUUCCACUUUUCUGACUCAACCAAAUGAGCAAAAUUUCCUGCACUGGCCUAAGGUGACACCUUUGUCACAGAGCCCUUUGCCCGGGCGAUGUUAUCUCCUGUCCCAGCGCUGAGUGCGACAGUGUGCUGCUGUGCGUGGGCCCGCUCUUCUCCUAGGCCCCCCUGCUCGCCAGCCGAGCCUGCAAACGCCUCCUGCACUGCUCUUGCUGUUGUGCAACGUGGCCAGUAAAACCUCCGCCUCGCGUGUUGCGCAGGCCGCAGGAGCUGGCGUUCAGUGCGCGGCUGAGACCCGCUCGAGGCGCUGGCUGCGCAAUGCCUCCCGGGCACCGGCGUCUCGGGGAAGCGCCUUGCCUUGCAGCCUGCUCGGAGCUGAGGAAGGGCACGUGAGAGGCUAAGCGCGAGCUGGCCAUUCUUUAACUGCGGAUGGCACGUUGCUUUGUUUGCUCCAAAGCCCCUUUUAACCUGUUAACGCUACAGCGCGCUCGUGUGUGGGAUUCUCAGCUGCUUCUGACUACUUGAGAGACUUGGCAAACGUGUGUGUUUUACUCUUUUGGCCUUGAGUGAGCAUUCCUAUUCCCUCAUGAUGAGAACAAGGAGUAUGGCCAAUUUGGCUUUCGUGGAGUUUAAACUUUUGACUGGAUACGUCUGCCUCAAAGCUCUGAUGAGUGUGCAGAGGGCUGGUGUGCGCUGGAGAGGUUUUGCCCAGGUGCUUUCCUCUGCAGUCUAAACUCUGUGUUUCCUUAUGCCUUGUUGUUUGCUCAGAGAGGCCUGUUCAUGACGGAGGCAGCGAGAGGGCUGCCUGGGCUGGCUCUUUGCGCCCCGCAGGCUGCAGUGGCCCAGCAAGAGGGUCUUGGGAGGGAUCUCUGCUCCGCUACAGCCACUCUCGAGACAGUCCCCGAGACCACUGAGCCAGAGGAAGCUCCUGUUGGGGAAGGGGGGUCUGGGCUGGGGACAGGUCCCGCUAGCUGCAGUGCCCAGCCAAAGCCGCUGCUGUUGGAGGGGCCACUAUCUUUCUCCACCCCUUCUGGUACAAAGCAGCCGGUGUCUCUCUGGGACAGUAAUUGUAUGUGACUUGCUUUGCUCCGGCUUCCAGGAGGGAGGGCAGGAGCGGGGCUCGUGAGGUCUCGCUGCUGUCCGGGGAGCUGUUAGUUCCCACGUGUCUCCUGUGCCAAAGCACCAGCUCGGAAGAGCCGUCUGGGGAACAGCUUUAAACAUGGCACGAGACCACCCUGUCUCGGGGAUUGCGUUCUGAACCAAUUCUCAGUUCCAGGCUCAGCACAUGAAAAGACAGCGGAAAGCAUCGGCUGCUUGAGCAGGGAUCAGAGGCCUUUUCCCAUCCUGCCUGUGACUGGUACGGGCUUCUUUAAAAGAGGCAUAUGCUAGGGAAAAGUGAAGAAACUCUUUCAUCCCCCAGAAGGGAAAGCAGCGUUAGCUCGUGGGUUAAUUUGAACUCAUGCCAGUUUAACAAAAAUAGAUAUUUGUGUUACUGUUUAUGAUCAUUCCUCUAAACUGGGAUGUUAGCUCUUACAGUGCAUUAGUUGGCUGGAGAUUCCUGGGAGUUUAUGGACGCAAUGUGGAAACGAUAGGUGGGGGUGUGAAUUUCAUUGGGAAUAGUAUCCUUUCUUGAAAUUCCUGGUUGUUCCUGCUUUUCCAAUAGUAAACUGGGAGAAUGUGCAGUUGCUUCAAGGCAUUAGUUAGUCUGGGUUAUAAGAAAAUACUCAUUUUGCUCACAUAACUUAAACAAGUUGAGAUGCUGUAGGUCGCUGUGCUUGAGCUUGGGUCUUUGUAAACGGCAAGUGCAGAGGUUUAUGGCGCUGGCGCGUCGGGCCCGGAGCGGGCUGUGCCCACAGACGAGCGCUGGCCGCGGAGCGGCUCUGAGCACUCGGCGAGUUGGCGGUGCGAUGCGGGCAGAAGGUUCAUCCCAUGGUGUCUGUGCAAGGCGCAGUGCAGGCUCAGACCGUGAGCGCCUUCCUCGAGUAAGCGGGCAGCAUGAAGCUUCGCCAAGUAACUGGUGAGAGUCUCGGCUGUCGAUACCGCUAUUAUUCUAAAUUUCAGAUGUAACCGCAGAGAUCACUGUGAUUAUACUGCCCGGUGUGAGUUAGAUUUGGGGAGUUGUGAGGAUUUGGGUUUUUUCUAGCACCAGGACAGGGCAGGUAUGAGAUGAAAGGAGCCUGCUCAGGUACCAGUGCUUAUUCCUCUCUCCUGCUCUUGUUAGACUGUGAAACCUGUGGGAUCUUUGCUAAGCCGCACGGCACGCUGCUGUAGUUCCUUAGAUGGGCCGCGAUUCUGCGGGCCCUGCACCCGGGCUGCGUUGAAGCAAUAGCUGAAAGAUGCGUGCCUCAUUAAGUAAGUGUUCGAUCCUGUAAUAAAAUGUUGUUUUCUUCCCCACUGAUAACCCUCUGUCUGCUGCUUUAUCAGACUAUGCAUUUGUUCACAUGGAGAACGAAGCAGAUGCAAAAGUUGCCAUCGAAAAUCUUAAUGGAAAGGAAGUGAAAGGAAGAAGAGUCAAUGUGGAACUCUCUACUAAUGUUCAGAAAAAGGGAGCAGUCCAGACUAUCCAGGCAGGCAUCAUUGUUGACAAGAACAAGAGGAUAGGUCUGGAAUAUAGGGAAAAAUUUCAACCCAAGAUAGAUGGUUUUGACCAGCGGAGGGCUGCAGACUCGACCUUCCCCUCGGCCGCUGCGGGAUUCGCCUCCUCCUCGCUGUACGAUUACCAGCAACGCUUUGGCGGCAACAGCACAAACAAAUACGAUUCCUUUGACCCUCAGGCGAGGCCCGGCUCCCCCUCCUACUUCGGGAGGGACAGAAGCCCGCUUCGGCGAUCCCCAUCGAGAGCCGGCUACUCGACGGUGACGCUCCCCAUGACGGCGCAGCCGGCCGCCUACCGAGCCCAGCCCUCCGCUUCCCUGGGCGCGACCUACCGAGCGCAGCCCUCGGCCUCCCUCGGCAUGGCAUACCGCCCGCAGCCGACCACGGGCCAGGCGGCCUCCUACCGCGCCCAGCCCUCCGCCUCGCUGGGAAACGCCUACCGAGCCCAGUCGUCUGUCUCCCUGGGAGCCUCUAACGCGCAGCCCACAGCCAACUCGCUCACGUCCUACGGCGCCCAGGCCACGGCCUCCUACAGCGCCCAGCCGGCAGCUUCCCAGCUGUCCGGUUAUGGAGUCCAGUCCUCAGCCCUGGCCUCGUCCUAUGGCGCCCAGGCUGCCACUGGCUACUCGGCCUCCUACGGAGCCCAGGCCUCGGCUGCGCACGCUGCUGCUUACGGAGCCCAGCCUGCCGCAGGCCCUGCGGCCUCUUACGGGGCCCAGUCCGUGGCCACGCACGUAGCCUCCUACGGCGCCCAGGCCACAGCUGGCCACGCGGCCUCCUACGGCGCCCAGCCCGUAGAAGGCCACGCGGCCUCCUACGGCGGCCAGCCCGGAGCUGCGCUCUCGGCAUCCUACGGCGGCCAGCCCGUGGCCGCGCACGCCGCCUCCUACGGAGCCCAGGCUGUGGCGGGCCACGCGGCUGCGUACGGCGGCCAGCCCAUGGCCGGCCACUCGGCCUCCUACGGAGCCCAGCCCGCGGCAGCGCUCUCGGCCUCCUAUGGAGCCCAGCCCACGGCCGGACACUCGGCCUCCUACGGAGCCCAGCCCGCGGCCAACCUGCCUGGCUCAUACGGCACCCAGUCUGCAGCUGCCCUCUCCGCCACCUACGGCGCCCAGGCUGCCUCCUCCCUGGCUGCCUCGUACAGCAACCAGGCCGCGGCAGCGUCCUACAAAGCGCAGGCCUCCGCUCCGCUGACUGCGGCCUACAGAGCGCAGGCCUCAAACUCGAUGGCAGCGUCGUACGCAGCGCAGCAGCCCUCCUCCGCUUCCUUGGCAGCCGCCUACAGAGCUCAGCCGGGGACUGCCUACGACGGGCCGAGCCAGCUGGGGCAACAGGCAGCCUCGUAUUUGGGAAUAUCUCAGACUGCUGCUGCCGCUGUCGCACCGCCGUACGAGCGCACCCGCCUCUCCCCGCCUCGGAGCGCUGGCUAUGAUGAUCCUUACAAAAAAUCUACUGCUCUGGCUAAAAGGUACAAUUCUGAUCGCCGUUUAUCUGACCUCUCAGAUUACCGUCGUUUAGCAGACUCGCCGCUCGCGUACCGUCGUUCGCCAACAAAGUCCCCGAUGGAUUAUCGCCGUCUUCCAGAAGCACAUUCCGAUUACGCCCGCUACUCGGGCGGCUAUGGCGAUUAUAUGCAUACGGCCCGGAUGCAUUCUAGUUACCAGCGCCGCCUGUAGCGGGGGGGUCAGCUCUUUCCCGGGUGCAGGCAAUGGUUAAACAUUCCCGGUUGGGACAUACUUUCUUAGCAUAAAGCCAAUCUGCGUCUUUCUUAGGCUCACUUUCUCUUUCGGUUCUCUGAAUCACACGUUCCUCCCCCUCCCGUGCUAUCUCAGGUGUCAAGCAGCCGUCGGUUUGGCUCUUGUUCCUUUGUCAUUUGGCUAAAGAUUUCAACGUUCAUUCUAGGUGAGAGUGAGGAGUCCCUGGGACUUGCUGUUGCAUCCAGUGCAAUUAGCGUUUUCCUGGCCUUUAUUCUGCGUGGGGCAGGGGGCGGUUAUUUUUAACUGCCUUGUUUUUUCUGUUGUUUCCUUUUUUUUUCUCUUUUUGUUGAGUUUUUAGAAUGAUCCGAAUUUACGGUUUCAAAAACUUCAGUGCUCCGACCCCAGGAGCACUGAAGAUGGCUGCGCAGUUUGCUUCCCAAAGGUGAAGCCCCUGCCUCUGGGUUCCCUUCUGCUUCCGUAGUGCUCAGAGUGCCAUGGCAUACGUGGAAUCGUUUUCCGCUUGCGACUCCUCUCGCUAUGUCUUCAGGCUCUGUUAGUACGGCAAACUGUUCCCUGGCAGGAUUCCUGGUAAACGCAACUGUCAACGCGAUUAUUGCUCAGUACUGUUUUUAUAACCCGAGCAAUUGCUGUCACUGAACGGAAGAGCAAAUGCUCUUUUAUACGACGUGAGAGUCCCUUUUUCCCUUACACCAGUGUUAAGUUUGCUCCAGGCGUGAUGUUAGAAUUGAUAUAUCAGAAACGAGUGAGAUUUUGUAUGACUGUAAAUAAAAUACUGGGCUAUUUACAGUUUAGAAA